AUGGUCGACGAAGCCUCAUUGACAAUCCACAUCAGCGACUACUACACAAGCAACAUUGAGUCCUGCGACUCCUCAAGCGGCGACUCCUCAAGCGACGACUAUUCGAGUGACGACGAUGACAUGGGUGACGAUGAGUCGAUCCUGUCCGACCCAACCAUGGCCAAUAUCACGGAUACCAAGGAAUUUCUCGAGGGAAACCCAACUACUGACGGAGAAGUUAAGCAGAAGCUCAACAAGUACAUUGUCGAGGAGAUCAACAAGCUUGUCGCCCUGCUGGCAAUUUGCGAGAAGUCGAUGAAGACUUCGUACGACCCGAACCUGAAGGAGGGGAAUCCAGGGUACCGGCAGAUGUUCCCUCGAGUGGGCAAGUUCAAGGAGGUCGUUCCGAUCGACGAUCCAGACACCAUGAAGCUUAUCAAUCGGUUGAUCUGUCUCCAGUUUCCUAAGUGUCAAUACAACGCCCUUCACAGGAAUGCUAAGCAAGCAGCCAUCGAGAUUAUGCAGAUCGCCUUGGAGACCAACCUCAAACUGAUGCGUCAAGCAGGCCACCCGCCAAGGCUCCAAAGUCUUCUUUGA